GUGACAUUUAGUAACUUUUUUUUCUUAGCGGCGUUUGUUUUGUUGACGAGGUGAGGGGCCCCAAAAGUCCAGUUAUUUCAUUAAUUUUAUAAUUUUAUCACUCGAGUGCCUUUAUUUCGAAGCCUCCGCGGCACCAAUUGACAAUGGCCGACGUACUGGACAUAAACGAUGUCGGAGAUACGGGCGAUAUCGAUGUGGAAGACGAAGGGGACCAGAGCGUGAUCAGGUUAAAAGACAAAGUGGUGAAGAGGAAAGGUCGCGGAUUUGGGGCCGGGGAGUCUCGGGAACACGAAAAGGUUCGGGGAUAUGAAAGUGUCGAUCACGGUGAUGGCGAUGAGCCAGGUCCUCAAAAAUCAGUUGAAGGCUGGAUUCUCUUUAUAACAUCAGUUCAUGAAGAGGCAUCUGAAGACGAUCUUGUUGAAAAGUUCUCCGAAUUUGGCCCGAUCAAAAACAUCAACAUAAACUUGGACAGAAGAACAGGCUUCCUUAAAGGUUAUGCCUUAAUUGAGUACGGGUCAUAUGAUGAAGCAGCAGCAGCCAGAGAAGCACUCAAUGGUUCAUCCCUUUUGGGCCAAACAAUAGGGGUGGACUGGUGUUUUGUCAAGGGGCCAAAGAAAUCAAAGAGGAAGAGUAGGAGACACUAGGAUAAUAUUUAAUUAGCUUUUUAAGUUCAUCCGGGUUUGAAAGGCAAAUAUGAGAAUGCAAGUUUCUAAUUAUAUUUUAUAGGAAAAAUAAACAAUAUUGAUUUAAUCUGA